AUGAACCGACGAUGGCGUCGUCAUACCGUAACGAUGAAGGAGGAGGAGUCCAAAAGCAUAGCAGCUAUUCGUCACCGCCUCACCCCUUUCCCUCAGUUGCGGGAGAAGAUGCGUGAACUACGGGAUGCCAAUGCACGUCAUGGUCAGUACGCCGCUGCUAUGGAAAACUUGAAACAUAUUUUCAAUAUCACUCGAACAAUCCAAGAUACAAAAGCGGCUCUAGAUCAAGGAAAGCUGCUUGUUGCUCAUAAAAACAUUAUGGACCUGGAACUAGCUAGAGAUGAGCUUUUGUUUGAAGUGCAUAAGUCUGACUCUCCAAGCAAAGACUAUGAAAAAAAUCUUCUUGUGACUUUCUUCAUAAAAGUGGACGAAUUAGUAGCCGAUCUGAGCAGCAACAUGUGGUUCAUUAUUGGACGUGCUCUGGAGAUGGUUAAGGGAAGUGAAACGGGUAGUGGCCCGCAGGAGUUGGUGUCAUGUAUUCGCAUCGUUGAGCGUGAAGAACGAAUUGACAGCUAUUACCUGGAUAAGAAAGCUCGUGGCAGUCCCUUCAUGCCGCCAGGGCGUCCUCGUCAGUGGCGUAAAAAGUGUUUCGAAGUAAAUAUUGAGCUUUUUUUUACUCCUGUAACCGUAGAC